GCUCUGCUUGGCCCUCCCUAGCUCCUAGCGCAGCUCUGGAUCACUGCCUCCUCUGCCGCUUCAGUCUAGCACACCUCUGAACAGGCCGCAGUUCCCCAAAUUGCUAUUCCUGGGCUCAAAGCUCUGCGGCUACUACGUCUGGUUGUCUCUGCUCCUGAGAGAUGACACUGAAGUCGAGCGAAGGCGAGGGAGGGAACAGCAUGCGCACCGCACUCUCGGACCUCUACCUGGAGCACUUACUACAGAAGCGCAAUCGGCCUGAGACUUCAAUGAACCAGUCAAAUGUUGCCACUGAGGACAUGUACACUAAUGGGUCCACUGCUCCAGGUAGCCCUACCCAUGUCAAAGGGCAGGAGGCACGGAGAGUUCGGCUCAUACAAUUUGAGAAGAUCACAGAAGAGCCCAUGGGAAUCACUUUGAAGCUGAAUGAAAAGCAGUCAUGUACUGUGGCCAGAAUUCUCCAUGGUGGUAUGAUUCAUAGACAAGGCUCCCUUCAUGUUGGGGAUGAGAUCCUAGAAAUCAAUGGCACAAAUGUGACUAAUCACUCAGUAGAUCAACUGCAGAAGGCAAUGAAGGAAACCAAAGGAAUGAUCUCAUUAAAAGUCAUUCCUAAUCAGCAGAGUCGUCUUCCUGCACUACAGAUGUUCAUGAGAGCACAGUUUGACUACGAUCCCCAAAAAGACAAUCUUAUCCCUUGCAAGGAGGCAGGACUGAAGUUUGUUACUGGAGACAUUAUCCAGAUAAUUAACAAAGAUGACAGCAAUUGGUGGCAGGGGCGUGUGGAGGGCUCCUCCAAAGAGUCUGCAGGAUUGAUCCCUUCUCCUGAGCUACAGGAAUGGAGAGUGGCAAGUGUGGCUCAAUCUGCUCCAAGUGAAGCUCCAAGUUGUAGUCCCUUUGGGAAGAAGAAGAAGUAUAAAGAUAAGUACCUGGCUAAGCACAGUUCCAUUUUUGACCAGUUGGAUGUUGUUUCCUAUGAGGAAGUUGUUCUGCUCCCUGCAUUCAAGAGGAAGACCCUGGUGUUGAUUGGAGCCAGUGGGGUGGGUCGUAGCCAUAUUAAGAAUGGUCUGCUCAGUCAGAAUCCAGAGAAGUUUGUAUACCCUGCCCCAUAUACAACACGGCCACCAAAGAAGAGUGAGGAAGAUGGGAAGGAGUAUCACUUCAUCUCAACAGAGGAGAUGACAAAGAACAUCUCUGCCAAUGAAUUCUUGGAGUUUGGCAGCUAUCAGGGCAACAUGUUUGGCACCAAAUUUGAAACAGUGCACCAGAUUCAUAAGCAGGACAAGAUUGCCAUCCUCGACAUUGAGCCCCAGACCCUGAAGACUAUUCGGACAGCUGAGCUUUCACCUUUUAUUGUGUUCAUUGCACCUACUGACCAGGGCACUCAGACUGAAGCCCUACAGCAACUGCAGAAGGACUCUGAGGCCAUCCGUAGUCAGUAUGCUCAUUACUUUGAUCUCUCUUUGGUGAAUAAUAGUGUUGAUGAAACUCUUAAGAAAUUACAAGAAGCCUUUGACCAAGCUUGCAGUUCUCCCCAGUGGGUGCCUGUCUCCUGGGUUUACUAAGCUUACAGAAUUGGCAAACAUGUUCCCAGCCAACAUUUGGAAUGCCAGCCCCCCUUGCUUAAGCCAAAAGGGUUGCUUCAACUUCUAGCUCUCUAUAACUGUCCUGAGUAUGUCUUCUCACUCAGGCUCCUAAAGGGGUGAAGUUUUCAUACUAUCUAGAUUUCAAAAUGUUCUCUGGAAAUCGGCCAUAAGAAUAACCAAAUGCAACUGCUGCACUGAAAAACCAACUGUCCCUACUCCUGAAGUCUGAGCUCCUUUGCUUUCAACUAUAGAAUGUCUUUUUACUCUGGAAUAAGCAUCUUCUGAAAUUUUCUAAAAUGCCAAAAUCAAACAGCUGUGCAAUAGAAUAUCUGCUGUAGAGAAACCUUCUAAAGCAAUAAAAAUGCUGCUGUGUUAAGCUA